UCAGAGUGCGCGUUAGCCGCGUUUUCACAGUGUCGUGCACAUUAUUCUUACGGUGUACAAUAAUAAUUGAUCAAAGUACCGACGGUAGUUGAUAACGUUUAAAACGUAGUGAAUAAUUAGUAUUAAAUUCGAAUGAUUUUUUUUAAAUGUCAAGAGUGAAUUAUUAGUGUUGUCUGAAGGUGCUGUGGUAACCGGUCGCGAUGCCGGCAGCGGGCGUGGACCGACUGGUCACAACGAGUUUGCCACAAUUUCUUUUGUUGAUUAUGGAACCGGAAGCGGUUUUCGGGCUGGAAGACGCGGUCAGGAGCCUGCAUGUCGUAGUAGUGUGUUACGAUAUGCAAGACUUCUAUAAACGUCUUGACACUAUUUCUAGACCACCCGCCGCCUCCGACAGGGUCAGCCUUGACGAGUUCAUCUAUUAUUGCGACAGCAAGAUCCGAAUGGAAUUCGCGGCAGGCAACGAGCCCGCAGCUGCCGGUUAUCGGUGCUGCAUGACGGUCAGCGACCUGAUGCGGAUGGACGCGUGGGCCCGGCUCUACGACCGCGUCGGCCCGUACGUGAUGAAGUACCUGUUGCACAGCUGUGUGCUGUUUGUGCCUCUCAACCGGGACGUUUAUUAUUGCGUGCGCGGGCCAUCGUCUCAGGCGGGCCAUUACGAAGUGCUGCAGUCGUUCCGGGCCCGGGCGGCUGGGUUGCGGCGGAACAAACGAGCAAAACCGUCAAAAGUGACCGCAACGAGCUUCACCGUGGCCGGGUUGCUGAUGGCCGCCAAGCCGAUUUGCCACGGAACGGAUGCGGACGCUAUGAUACGCGAGAUUGUACUGCAAGCACGGGGUUGCGGCGACAACGAAACGCAACUAGCCGCGUUGAAGUGCAAGCUGAAAGUGAUGACGGACAGGGACUCGUUGCAGGCAUACAGGGACAUUUAUGAGGCGACCGUCGGCGACCCGGGACCGGCCGAAAUCCCGUUGUGCAGAGUGAAACGAUUCGCCUCCACGAUAGUGCGCAAAAUCGUGCCGCGGCAACUGUUCGGCGCGUCCGUCAACCGGGACCGGUACUGCGACAACUUGUGCAAAGUGCUCAACUUCGGCAUGCGUCAUGCGUUCACCGCGCAGCAUAUCGUGCACGGCAUCAAGACGACGAAAGUCGGGUGGCUGAAGUCCGUGGACGCGGCUCAGCGCACCGCGAUGCUGACGGGAACCCUGGUGUGGCUGACCAACUCGUUCAUAUUCAGCCGAAUCUUCCAUUUUUUCCGCGUAGUGUGGACAGACACUCCCAGUCACGGGGUCGCGUACUUCGACAAAACCCAGUGGGCGGCAAUGUGCCACGCGAAGAUUUCGCCGUUGCUCGGCGGCGGGGACGGUGCCGGCGGAUUCUUUAAGCAGCUUGUCGACGGCGGUGAUGACUCGUCGCACAGGAACUGGAACGUGUGUCCGUACGCGAAAAAACCGAAUGGCGGCGUGCGACUGAUAUUCAAGCUGCGGCGGCGCAACGAGCCCGGCGCCAAACAGCUGAUGGACCACUGUCUGACGUUCCUGCGGUGCCUGGCGCGCACAUACCCGCCCGAAUUCCAGUCCGUGUCCAAGCCGCAGUUCUUCCGCGGCUGGAACGCGCUUCAACGGCGGCACCGGCCAAACAAUGGAUACACGUCACCCGUAUACUAUGUGCGUACGGACUUCCGGGAUGCGUUCACCAGUUUUAAGCAGGGCAAGCUGCUGGCGGUUGUCUGGCAACGUAUCAGCGAACGGUUCGGCAACAGGUCGCAGGCGUUGCGCGUGCACUCAGUGGACGUGGUGAAGGUAGGCGGUGGCAGCGGCACGGUGUACUGCAAGAAACGAAAGUACUGCGACGGGCUACCUGUGCCCAAUUUCCCGUCGGGCUCACUGGUGUUUUACGAUGGGACGACCGCGGUUCCUCUGGACCGCAUCUGGAACGUCGUGCGCAAAUGUGUUCGUCGCAACGCUGUGGAAUGGCGAGGCCGCCGUUGGGUUAUGACCCGGGGCGUUGUGCAGGGUGACCGGCUAUCCGUGGCGCUGUGCGACUUGCUGCUGGCCGACUUGCAGGCCACCCGUUUAGAACGCGCAAUCAGCGACAGCGGUGCUGCUAGUCAGCUGUACCGUUUCGUAGACGAUUACGUGUUCGUCUCGCAUGACCGGGCCGCGGCCUCGCGAUUCCUAACCGUCAUGUGCGCCGGAUUUGACGAGUACGGGUUGCGACUGAACCACUCUAAAACCAAGACCAACCUGAAGGAAGAUGGCAGCAGCGGUGAGACGGUCAAAUUCUUGGGGUUCCGGUUGAACCCGACCACGGGCGAAGUGACCAAGGACGUGAGUGUUUACCGAAACCAGCGACCGUUACACUUCUUCGAUUACGAGCUGGGCCGCGGAUUUCCCGGCCAGACCCUGUACGCCAAGAUCAUUAGGCCCAACCAACAUCCCUUGCCUGUAGCCCUGGUCUGCAAGUCGUUCAACUCUGUGACCAUAGUGGCCCGGAAUCUGGCGUUCGUCGUGGCACUCAAGGCAUUCGCUGUUGUCACUGCCAUCAAGCAGUAUUUCUUCCACCUGAACCCGACGUUCGUGCUCAAGACUGUGCACGCUAUCGCCCGGCUCAUGUACGGUAAAGUGUGCGGCCUCAUCAGGCGCUCGGCUGUCACCCCUUCCCAGUGCAAGUGGAUCGUAUACGAGGUGUACGCCACCAUGUUCCAAGUGCAUUUCUCCGACAGCGAUAGUCGCAUCACCUACAUUGCAGACCAGCUCCGCCGCUGUCAAUCUGCCAUCGGCCAAAAGUGCAACGAUCGUAUCCUAAAGAUGGCCCUAAAACGUUGUGGGUUCGCCAAAAUCUUUGGAUAACCCUUACAGCAACCCUUACAGUUGACGCAUACUUCUCCCUAUUUCGCACCUCGCACACCGACAGUCAGUCUUAAUUAAAUUAAUUAAAUUAAGUCUUAAUUACUUAACAGUCAGUCUUAAUUAAAGUCUCUUUAAGUUAAUACAUUUUCAUUUAUGUUUUUAUUUAUGUUUUAUGUAGCCUUUUGUUUUAUACUUUUUAGUGCAUUAUUUAAUUAGCAAGUAAAAUAUUUUGUUAUUAUAUGAGUUUACAUGAACCCAAUUUUACCGGUUUUUUUUCUGGCGAAGUUUACAGUAAAAAAAUGUACUUUUGGCGGAGUUUACAUGCACCUAACCUGGUUGGGACCACCUAUUCCCUAUUAUGUCUAUAUUAGUCCCCUAUCUGGUUUUAUUUUUCUUUACAUUUUACCUUUGUAGGCAUCAUUGUUUUUAUAAUCAAUUGUAAUUUGUAAAUACGAAAAUGGAUUGGUUAAGUUAUUACAAAUUGUUAGAUUCGUAGUUUCAAUGAAUUAUUAUUAUUCAUUCAUUCAUAUUUAGUCUUGCAUGAUGGCAAUUUAUAUAUAUUAUUCGUACUUUGAAAAAAAUGCAUGAGAACCAUUUUACUAUUGAAUUAUUUAUCCAUUAAAUAUCUAAUUUAUGUUACAUAUGACUUUAUGGAUCAUUUUAACGAGUAAAAAUUGAUAUUAACCAUAUAUUAUUUAAAUACACUGUCAAAGUAAAUAAGUAAAUGUUGUAUUAACAAUAACUUUACGACGGUGCCAGAUUUCCCAGUAAACACUAAAAGCUAGUGUUUUAGACGGAAAAUAAAUUUUAAUAUUUCAUUUUUAUUGUAUGUAAUUAAAACUAAAAUAAAUGCAACUAAUUAUAAAAUG